CGCCGGGGCCGCGUCCGCGCCUCCUCCUCCCCUCCUUCUCCUCUCCUCCUCCUUCUCUUCUCCUCCUCCUCGUCCUGCUGCCCCUGCCCCUCCUGCUCCGCUGGGCAGGGCAGCGCCGCGCCGGCCUCCGGGCAAGGUUCGGCCGCUGGGCGCCGGGGGCGGUGACGGCUGCCCCCCUCCCGCGGCCGUGGGCCCCGCCGGGCUCACAGCCCCGCUCUGGCCUUGACGGCGGCACGGCCUUCCCCGGCUGCUGCUCCCAACAACAUCUCCCUUUUCUCCUUUUCCCGUCUGCAAGAAGGUGAUGAUGGCGCUGGGGACGCUCUUGAGGAAGCCGCCGCUGCCGCCGGGCAGUUGUAGAGCCUUCUGGGGAUGGCUGAAUGCCGUGUUCAACAAGGUGGACCACGAGCGCAUCCGAGCCGUGGGCCCCGACCGGGCGGCCUCGGAGUGGCUGCUGCGCUGCGGGGCCCUGGUCAGGUACCAGGGCUCGCCCAAGUGGCAGCAGGACUACAACGGGCUCCCCACGGGGCCCCUGGGCAAGUACAGGAUCGAGGCCAUCAACGCCACCGAGUCCUGCAUCAUGUACAGAGGCUUUGACUACCUGGAUGGCCUGGAGCACGUUACGGACAUCAAGCUGGAGAAGUGCAUGUACAUCCAGGACGAGUGUCUGCAGAGGCUCAGCCAGACCAGCAACCUCCAGAGGAGUCUGCAGCAGCUGAAGAUCAUUUCCUGUGGGAACGUCACAGACAAAGGCAUCCUUGCACUCCACAAGCUGACGAACCUGGAAUAUUUGUAUCUGAGUGACCUCCCUGGGAUCAGAGAGAAAGAAAAGACCUUCCGUGUCCUUCAGCAGGCGCUGCCCAACAUGAAGCUGGAGCUGGAUUUGGAAUAAACACAGCAGCACACAACUGAGAUGUGAUUUCCUAGGAUUUAUCUCACCUUGCAUAAAUGAAGUUGUAGACACCGCUGCAUUUCCAGUGCAGAAGUAAGCCCAGCUCUCCCAGUCCGGCCUCAGAGGUGUAUGUGACCUUUUAAGAAAUCAUGCAAUUAAGUUUUAUUAAGCUUAAAGAGCAGACAGGGCAGGCCUCUGCAUGCAGGCAUCUGUUUGCUGUUUCUCUGGGGAGCUCUGAAUACCUCAGUGCAAGUUUUCAGUAUUUUAUUGCACAAAACAAAGUAGCAGCGGGGGGGAUGUCUGUGUGUGGUGCUGGUGCUGUUCCCUCUGGGAGAAUCUCGCCCAGUCAGUGGGUGCUGAUUUAAUAAAAGAGGUUCUGGGUGUUUUUUGUGUUCUCCA